AUGGUGAAAUGUCUGUCUUUGCAGAAAAAUGUCUAUGUAGCUGACCUAACUGAGAAACUGGUGACAUCUCCUGAGCAAGCCCUUGCUUGGAUUAGAAAAGGAGAAAGUAAAAUGCUCUUAUUCCUUAUUUAAACCAUAAUGUUAGAUUAAAUAUAAUCUAUGUGUUGCUUGAAUAACAUACUGACACUAUUCAAUGUUAAAUGUACGCCCUAGAGAAUCGGCAUUAUGGAAAGACAAAAAUGAACCAGCGAAGCAGUCGUUCACAUACAAUUUUCCGCAUGGUAAGACACUUUAUUAUACAUCACAAUAGACAAUGCAUAUCUCGUUAUCUGUGUGCUGGAGAUAAUGCUGGUGUUUUUUUCUCAGAUCUUGGAGAGUCGUGACAGGGGUGACCCUGCAUCUGGUGAAAAUUCAGACGGCGCCAUUAUUGUGUCCCAUUUGGUAAGCUGCCACAGUCAAGUGUGUUUGGUGAACUCUGAUGUGUCCUCCGUUUUUUAUUUUCUUACCAGUCUCCUCAUUUUUAUGUAGACUUUGGUUGACCUGGCUGGGGCUGAUAGAGCAAGUAAAAAUGGCGCUGAAGGUAAGUGGUUUGAUACUUGUGCAAAUGUGACAACAGUGUGAAAUAUCUUAAUCUGAACAACCUUCCUUUGGUGGUUGGUUUCAGUUGUAUUUUGUGACUUUUGACAUAUGAUAUUGUAGGUACACGUUUCAAAGAAGGAUGUAAUAUAAAUCGCAGCCUGUUCACCCUGGGUCAAGUGAUCAAGAAACUGUCUGAUGAAACCCAGAAGUAGGUGUUGGUUACUUACCAUUUUCCACAGCAUUUGUUUAACUUAUUUACAUUUUAGUCAUUUAGCAGACGCUCUUAUCCAGAGCGACUUACAGUUAGUGAAUACAUUUUUUUUUUAUACUGGCCCCCCGUGGGAAUCGAACCCACAACCCUGGCGUUGCAAACGCCAUGCUCUAUCAACUGAGCUACAUCCCUGCCGGCCAUUCCCUCCCCUACCCUGGACGACGCUGGGCCAAUUGUGCGCCGCCCAUGAGUCUCCCGGUCGCGGCCGGCGGCGACAGAGCCUGGAUUCGAACCAGGAUCUCUAGUGGCACAGUUAGCACUGCGAUGCAGUGCCUUAGACCACUGCGCCACUCAGGAGUUACUUAUGCGAUUUGUUUACUAAUGUGACUUUAUCCAUACAUUCAGGGGUUUCACUAACUACAGGGACAGUAAACUCACCCGCAUCCUCCAAAAUUCCUUGGGUGGAAAUGCAAAAACUGUCAUCAUCUGCACCAUCACCCCAGUUACUGUGGAAGAAACACUUAGCACCCUUCCAAGUGGGUGAAAUAUUUGUCUAUCUUAAAUCUUUAUUUUAAAUUAUUAAUAUCAGCCAAAUGUAACAUUCAUUUCUAAUAAAGUACCUGCCCAUCUCUACAAUCUAGUUUGCUAGUGCAGCAAAGAACAUGAAGAAUGACCCGCAUGUCACAGAGGUUUCUGAUGACGGAGCCCUUCUUAGAAGAUACAGAAAUGAAAUUGUGGACCUCGAGCGCCGACUUCAUGAGGCAAGUCUAGCUGUACUGGCUAUUGGGGUUCUUUAAAAAUGUUGCCGGCUCUCCUUCGAAGAAUUGACACUUUUUACAACUUUUUGCAAUUUCAACCUUUUAUUUUUGUACAUUGCCUUAGGUCUCCUCAGUCACUCAAACAACCGCGACAGAGAAGGAGACUCUGUCCCAGAUUUUGCAAGAGAAGGAUCAGCUCCAAUGA